UGCAUGAAACUAUAUGCUUCAUACUUCUGUGAGAUAUCACCUACCGUGUAACAUGUAAAUCAUGUCGAUGAGAAUACCUAUGCGGCUUGGCCAUCUCCGGACCUUUGUGCUUUGAUCCUAGUAGCAGUUCUCACCCCGCAGUAUUAAUAUAAGGGUACAAGAAGCUGACAUUCACGUCUGGAUUUUACUCGCAGACGGAGCAACUCCAUCCAAAGUCUCACACCACCGCCGACUGCAAACGCAAUGGACUUCCUUAUCGACGCAGAGCUGAGCAACAGCACCAUCCUCGGACUAGCGGCAGCAUCCUUUGUGAUCUGGUAUGUUGUGACGGCUUUCACAGCUUGGUAUCGUCUCCGCCACCUUCCAGGGCCCACGCUGGCCAAGUUCUCCUUCUUGUGGCAAGCCCAUACUAUCGUAACACAACAGGUGUCCUCGCGCUAUAUCAACUUCCGAGAAUACGGUCCUCUCGUGGUCGUAGCGCCCGGCACGGUUGUCACUAAUGAUCCGGAUGUUCUCCGCAAGAUUUCGGCGGCCAGAUCGACAUAUAAGCGUUCUGUCUGGUACGCCGGCGCCAAGUUCACACACGACACUGACAGUAUGGGAACCCAAGUGGACACUGCUGCUCACGACAUACUCAAGGCAAAGACAGCAGGGCCCUACGCUGGCCGUGAAACUGAAGGUGGCCUGGAGAGGGCUGUUGAUGCUCAGCUUGUCCGCCUGGUCGACCUCAUCCGCCGGAAAUAUCUCUCCACUCCCGACGAGCUUCGCUCCAUUGACUUUGCCAAGCUGUCAAGAUGCUUCACCAUGGAUGUCAUCUCGGGUUUGGUAUUCGGAAAGCCGUGGGGUCAUCUUGAUGAGGGCGAGGACGUUCUAGGGUGGAUAGGGACAAUGGACAAGCUUCUGCCUAUGAUGUCAGUGGGGCUUGAACUCCCUGCCCUUCGGGACAUUAUGAUACCAAAGUACGGACUUUUGCGCUGGUUCGGACCAAAGACCAGUGACAAAUCUGGGUUGGGGGUCGUUAUGAAACAUGUCAAUGAAACCAUUCGAGAGCGGUUUCAAAACAAGGAAAAGCCCACCAAAGACAUGAUGGGCGGGUUCAUUCGCAACGGCAUGACCAGAAGCGAAUGCGAAGGAGAGGCCAUCCUUGCUGUCCUCGCAGGUAAUGAUACAACGGCAAGCACGAUUCGGUCGUCCAUGCUCUAUCUCAUGGCCACGCCGCAUGCCUAUGCCCGGUUCAAAAAGGAGAUCAAAGAGGCCGUCGAACAGGGCAAGGUCUCGAGUCCGAUCACCAACGAGGAGGCCCAGAAGUUGCCUUACACGCAGGCCGUCAUGUAUGAAACCUUCCGCAUUGGUAACGCCGCCACAUUCGGCCAUUACAAAGUAGUUCCAAGGGGAGGCGAUACGCUUGCUGGCUACUACUUGCCUGGUGGGACAAAUAUUGGCCACAACACUUUGGGGUUGACGCACAACAAGAAAAUCUUUGGAGAGGAUGCUGAUAUAUUUCGGCCGGAGCGCUUCCUCGACUGCCGGGCGGAUCAGAAGACAGGAAUGAUGCGAGCAUUGGAGAUAAUUUGGGGUGGUGGCCGAUGGACAUGUGCGGGUAAAAAUGUGGCCUUGAUUGAGUUGAACAAGACCGCUUUUGAGUUGAUGAGACACUUUGACUUUCAGGUUGUGAAUGUCCACAACCCAGUCAAAGAAAGGGCCUACAUUUCAAAACUACAUGACGACAUGUUUGUUAGGAUUUCCGAGGCGGAUUGGAGCUGUAUUUGA